GAAACUGCUUAGGUACGGAGCUCGGAGUCGGAGCAAGGACUUGCCGGGCUGCAGCCUGGGAUAGAAUCCGCCCGCCUCGGAAGCUGCUCUGCCCGCGGCUGCUCGGGCAGCCCGUUCGCAGAGCUCGGAGGAUCCCGUUAGCACUUGCCCAGGGAUGUGCACCUGCCGUGCGCGGCGAGCGCCUGGGCAGGUCUGCAGGCAGCCGAGGGAGCGGUGAAGCAGGAGGAACUGUCUCUACCCAUGUGCAAGGCAGUGAUUCCGGGAGAGAGACAGGGUGAGUGAGUCUCUUUAGAGUUGGAAGGAAGGCACGAUCUUGAUUUUCUCUUCGGUGGAAGGACAGAGGACUCCCUGGGUCGGGUUUGGCACUUUCCUUCCUUCUCCACCCGCGUGCGCCCCGGCCCAGCGUCGAAGCCCCACUUCAAACAUGCUGUGGGUGCCGGGCAACCUUGCUGCUCAGCUGGAAGGCAGCAGGCAAGUGGUCUGACAGCGGCGGCGGCGGCGGCAGCAGCAAAGCGGGGAGCAAGGAAUUUGAAAAGAGACAUCGGCUCGUUUUCACACGCUGAGGGGGAGGCAUUCACGUUUCCCCAAAUGAGAAGGAGCCACAAGAAAUCAUGAAGUAAAAACUUUGGAAAGCUGCCACUGGAGAUGUUGCACAAAAUCCUGGAAUCUUUCAGGAGUCUCCUCCCAGUCGGUGGAGGUUUGGGGAGCAGCUGAUACAGCAAGGAGGGCUCUUGCAAGGAUUCAAGUUCCAGGAGCCUUGGUGGAGCGGCACAGAGCGAGAGAGUGUGGCGAGAGAAUGAAGACACCAACCGCCUGGGAGAAGCAUGAGGUGGCAGUGCGGCGCUCGGUUUAGAGGGCUUCGGCCGGAGGCGGCGGCCCCAUGGGCAGCUCUGCUGGCACUGGCGCUCCCCGGUUGGGUGCUGGCUGUCUCGGCCACGGCGGCCGCUUUGGUACCCGAGCAUCAUGCCUCCGCGGCCGGCCAGCCGCCCCUGGACUGGCUGCUCACAGAUCGGGGCCCGUUCCACCGCGCGCAGGAGUACACCGACUUCGUGGAGCGCUACCGCCAGGGUUUUACCACCAGAUACAGGAUCUACAGGGAGUUUGCACGUUGGAAAGUGAACAACCUGGCUCUAGAAAGGAAGGACUUCUUUAGUUUGCCAUUGCCUCUUGCCCCAGAGUUUAUCCGGAACAUCCGCCUCCUCGGAAGGAGACCCAACCUACAACAGGUCACCGAAAACCUGAUCAAAAAGUACGGCACUCACUUCUUACUUUCUGCCACCCUUGGAGGAGAAGAGUCCCUGACCAUUUUUGUGGACAAGCGGAAACUGAGCCGAAAGUCAGAGGUGGCAGGAAUUGCCCCUAUAGUCGGGGGCGGUGGGAACGGCUCUGCUGUGUCCCUGGAGACCCUGCACCAGCUGGCAGCCUCCUACUUCAUCGACAGAGAGAGCACGCUGCGACGGCUGCACCAUAUCCAGAUAGCCACCGGGGCCGUCAAGGUCACGGAGACCAGGACCGGUCCCCUGGGCUGCAGCAACUACGACAACCUAGACUCGGUCAGCUCUGUCCUGGUACAGAGUCCGGAGAACAAAGUGCAGUUACUCGGCCUGCAGGUGCUGCUGCCCGAGUACCUGCGGGAGCGCUUCGUGACCGCUGCGCUCAGCUACAUCACAUGCAGCUCUGAGGGCGAGCUCAUCUGCAAGGAGAAUGACUGUUGGUGCAAGUGCAGCCCCACCUUCCCAGAAUGCAACUGUCCUGACGCUGACAUCCAGGCCAUGGAGGACAGCCUGCUGCAGAUCCAGGACUCCUGGGCGACUCACAACCAGCAGUUUGAGGAGUCAGAGGAAUUCCAGGCCCUGCUGAAGCGGCUGCCGGAUGACAGGUUCCUGAACUCCACAGCCAUCUCCCAGUUCUGGGCCAUGGACACCAGCCUCCAGCACCGCUACCAGCAGCUGGGAGCCAGCUUGAAAGUGCUGUUCAAGAAGACCCAUCGGAUCGUCCGCCGGCUCUUCAACCUCUGCAAGCGCUGCCACCGGCAGCCCCGCUUCCGCCUGCCCAAGGAGAGGUCUUUGUCCUACUGGUGGAACCGUAUCCAGUCCCUCCUCUACUGUGGAGAGAGCACCUUCCCUGGCACCUUCCUGGAACAGAGCCACAGCUGCACCUGCCCCUACGACCAGUCUUCCUGCCAGGGCCCCAUCCCUUGUGCCUUGGGCGAAGGGCCCGCCUGUGCCCACUGUGCCCCAGACAACAGCACACGCUGUGGGAGCUGCAACCCAGGCUACGUGCUCGCCCAGGGCUUGUGCCGCCCCGAGGUGGCCGAGUCGCUGGAGAACUUUCUGGGGCUGGAGACAGACCUGCAGGACCUGGAGCUGAAGUACCUGCUGCAGAAGUGGGACAGCCGCAUCGAGGUGCACUCCAUCUUCAUCAGCAAUGACAUGCGCCUGGGCAGCUGGUUCGACCCUUCCUGGAGGAAACGCAUGCUGCUCACCCUGAAGAGCAACAAGUACAAGCCCGGGCUGGUGCACGUGAUGCUGGCCCUGUCCCUGCAGAUCUGCCUCACCAAGAACAGCACCCUGGAGCCUGUCAUGGCCAUCUACGUCAACCCCUUUGGGGGCAGCCACUCUGAGAGCUGGUUCAUGCCCGUGAACGAGGGCAGUUUCCCAGACUGGGAAAGGACUAAUGUGGAUGCCGUCGCCCAGUGCCAAAACUGGACUAUUACCUUGGGCAAUAGGUGGAAGACCUUCUUUGAGACAGUCCAUGUUUACCUACGGAGCCGAAUCAAGUCCCUGGAUGACAGCUCCAACGAGACAAUCUACUACGAGCCUCUGGAGAUGACCGAUCCCUCCAAGAACUUGGGCUACAUGAAAAUCAACACCUUGCAGGUCUUUGGCUACAGCCUGCCCUUUGACCCGGAUGCCAUCCGGGACUUAAUUCUCCAGUUAGACUACCCAUAUACUCAAGGUUCCCAGGACUCUGCCCUCUUGCAGCUCAUCGAGCUUAGGGACCGGGUCAACCAGCUUUCUCCGCCUGGCAAGGUGCGGCUCGACCUUUUCUCCUGCUUGCUCCGGCAUCGGCUCAAGCUGGCCAACAAUGAGGUGGGCAGGAUCCAGUCCUCUCUGAGGGCUUUCAACUCCAAGCUGCCAAACCCUGUGGAGUAUGAGACAGGCAAACUCUGUAGCUAAUGGGGGACCCACUCCAGCGCCGGGCAGGGAGGGGAUCCAUGAAUCCGGGGUGCAAAGAUCUAAGCCCUCACCUUAGUGCCAACGGGGUGUUCCCUUAAGACUGCACCCAGCAGAUGGGACUCGGGGCUUGAACUGAAGCAGGCAGGAGAGAAAGAAACAGCCGCUGCACACAUGCACACACCACGCGUGUGCACACACGUGCGCACACGCACACGCACACACACACACACACACACUCACAAGGGGAGGCGAGCACUCAGCAGCCUGGGAUCUGUAAAGUCGGUGCUUUCUCACAUGAAUGCGGUUGAAGGAGAGGGAGCCAAGGGAGAGCUUCAGAAAAGGAACCAGCCCAACCGUGCAACACACAGAUUCUUAAAAGUGAUUCUUAGCAUUCAAGAAAGCAAGAGGGAACAACAAUGCGAGGGGUGGGAGCACCGCCUCCCCCUCUGUGGAGUCACUUUUGUAUUCUUUUUAGCCAGAUUUCUUAAAUGGCGUUGUUUCAUGAUUCCCCACAGUGGUUCUUACUUUUUGUUCGCUGCCUCCUCUGAGCCCUCCAGACACGGACCGCUCCUCAGGCCAGCUCCGUCGAGGAAACGGGGGGGUAACGCCCGCAGACGACCCCUCGGGGCAGCAAGGCAGCCCUGCUGCCUUCCCUCUCCCUCGGCCCCCUCGCUUCCUUGGGCUCUCCGGUGUCAGGGCCUGGCUGGCUCCACGUUCCCCUUGUGGUCCAGCCAGAGCUCCUCUCCCAGCAGCAUCUGUUCUGUCCAAGAAAGCAGCUCUGUCAACUUAGAGACGAUGUAUAGGGAAAUGUUCUUUUUUAAAAAACAAAAAACAGAAAACAAAAAAUA